ACACGGAGCCAUUUUGUAGUCAUUUAAAAAGUUGCCGUCAGACUCCGCGGCCGCUUCAGCAGACCGCGGACCCCAUACGGACCCCAGGGGCCCUUUCCCGGUGCCACUCUAGACCCGUCCGUCACCAUGAGGAGUAAAAGAAGCAAGACGAGGAAUAAAAGCAAGACGCGGAGCUGGGCGAAGAAGAGUUAGUGGUUAGGUCGUGUUCCUGUGAGUGUGAGUGUGAGUGUGAGAGCCAUGGAGGUCCUACCUGUGUGUUUGUGGCUCCGGGUGUGUGUCCUCCUCACCGCGCCGCUGCUGCUGAGGGGUCUGGAGCUGGACCUCUCCGAGAACCUCCGGCCCGGAGCCCUCCUGGCCGACCUCUCCCUCGGUCCCGGUCCCGGUUGGACUUACACAGUGAACCGGACUUUAUCCCCCGCGGUCACCCACAGCUGGUUCCGAGUGGACUCGCGCACCGGGGUCAUCCGGCUGUCCCGGAGGGUGGAUUGCGCGCGCGCGUUACGACCCCCGCAGAGCGUGUACUUCAGUACCACCUCGAGCACGUCCGGAGACGUGAUCCUGACCCGGUUCAACGUGCACGUGCACGGCCAGGACUGCUUCAUCAAGUACCGGAGGAAGAGCGCGGCGUCCCGUGAGAAGCCCGACUUUCGCAUCGCGCAGGUCAUGACCCUCGGAGGGGAGACCCCCUGCUGGGCCGCAGGUAAAGUGCUCGUGAAUGUCACCCAACUUUUGCCCGCCUUUGCGCGAGACGUCCCGUUAGAGGACGCCGUGUGUACCGUUGACGGGCUGCACGCGGUUUUCUUGCGAGGGAACUUAUUGCUGGCCGAAGACUUUUGCCGCGCACCGCGCGAGCAGAGCGCGCAGGUGGGUCUGCGGUGCUUGCUGCAGACCCACUUGAAUGCGCGCGGCGUGUCCAGGGGUGUGGACGUGCCAGCGCACGGGGUUUCCGUUCCAGCGCGCGGCGUGUCCGUGCGCUUGGUCUUGCGUGUUGUGUCAGCGCCCGUGCCAGUGGGAGAGCAUGGAUAUUUAUCUUUAGAGUCUGAUCGCGAGAUGUACAAUGACCCACAACAACAACAACACCGAGACCACCCGCGGGGCAGGAGGAGCGUCAACAACGCUCCUACGUUCAAGAUGCCCAACUACCAGCUGUCCCUGGCGGAGAACCAGGAGGCGGGCACGUCGGUCAUCACGCCGCGGGCCACGGACCCCGAUGAGGGCGAGGCGGGCCGGCUGGAGUACGUGAUGGAGUCGAUGUUCGACAGCCGCUCCAACGACCAGUUCACCAUCGACCCCCGCAGCGGCACCAUCAGCACGCUGCGCCCGCUGGACCGCGAGGUCAAGGACACGCACGUGUUCAAGGUCACAGCGCUGGACCACGGCACCCCGCGGCGCUCGGCCACCACCUACGUCACGGUGACCGUGUCCGACACCAACGACCACAGCCCGGUGUUCGAGCAGACGGAGUACCGCGACAGCAUCCGGGAGAACGUGGAGGUGGGCUUCGAGGUGAUGACCAUCCGCGCCACGGACGGCGACGCCUCGGCCAACGCCAACAUGGUGUACAAGAUCCUCAACGCCGACGACAACCCGGCCUUCGAGAUCGACGCCCGCAACGGCCUGGUGCGGGUCCGCGAGCGGCCCGACCGCGAGGCGCGCGACCGCUACACGCUCAUCGUGGAGGCCAACGACCAGGGCCGCGACCCGGGCCCGCGCAGCGCCACGGCCACCGUGCACAUCGCCGUGGACGACGAGAACGACAACUACCCGCAGUUCGCCGAGAAGCGCUACGUGGUGCGCGUGCGCGAGGACGUGGCGGUGAACACCAAGGUGAUCCGCGUGGAGGCCACGGACCGCGACCAGGGCAACAACGCCAAGGUGCACUACAGCAUCAUCAGCGGCAACGUCAAGGGGCAGUUCUACAUCCACGCGCCCACCGGCGUCAUCGACAUCAUCAACCCCCUGGACUUCGAGAGCAUCCGGGAGUACAACCUGCGCAUCAAGGCGCAGGACGGGGGCCGGCCGCCGCUCAUCAACGGCACGGGGAUGGUGGUGGUGCAAGUGGUGGACGUCAACGACAACGCGCCCAUGUUCGUCAGCACGCCCUUCCAGGCCUCGGUGCUGGAGAACGUGGCGGUGGGGUACUCGCUGCUACACGUGCAGGCCAUCGACGCCGACUCGGGCGAGAACGCCCGCCUGGAGUACCGGCUGGCGGACACGCCGCCGGGCUUCCCGCUCGCCAUCAACAACAGCACGGGCUGGGUGACGGCGUGCGGCGAGCUGGACCGCGAGUCGACCGAGUUCUACAAGUUCCGCGUGGAGGCGCGGGACCACGGCGUGCCCGCCAUGUCGUCGGCGGCGAGCGUGAGCGUGACGGUGCUGGACGUCAACGACAACACGCCGGCCUUCACGGAGCGGCGGUACGAGCUGAAGAUCAACGAGGACGCGGUGGUGGGCACCAGCGUGCUCACGCUGACGGCAGUGGACCGCGACGUCAACAGCGUGGUCACCUACCAGAUCUCCAGCGGGAACACGCGCAACCGCUUCGCCAUCACCAGCCAGAGCGGCGGCGGGCUGGUGACCCUGGCGCUGCCGCUGGACUACCAGCAGGAGCGGCAGUACGUGCUGACGGUGACGGCGUCGGACGGCACGCGCGCCGACACGGCCAGCGUGUCCAUCAACGUGACGGACGCCAACACGCACCGGCCCGUGUUCCAGAGCGCCAGCUACCAGGUGUUCCUCAGCGAGGACCUAGCGGUGGGCUACGUCGUCAUGGUGAUCGCCGCCUCCGACGAGGACACGGGCGAGAACGCCCGCAUCACCUACCUGAUGGAGGAGAAGGUGCCCCAGUUCGCGGUGCACCCGGACACGGGCGCCAUCACCACGCAGAUGGCGGUGGACUACGAGGACCUGUCGUCCUACACGCUGGCCAUCGUCGCCCGCGACAACGGCAUCCCGCAGAAGAUGGACACGGCGUACGUGGAGAUCAUCGUGGUGGACGCCAACGACAACGCGCCGCUGUUCCCCCGCGACGUCUACCAGGGCUCGGUGUUCGAGGACGCGCCCGUCUACACCAGCGUCCUGCAGAUCUCCGCCAUGGACAAGGACUCGGGCUCCAACGGGCGGCUGAGCUACACCUUUGCGGGCGGCGACGACGGCGACGGCGACUUCUUCAUCGAGCCGUACUCCGGCAUCAUCCGCUCGGCGCGCAAGCUGGACCGCGAGAACGUGCCUUCCUACAGCCUGAGGGCCUUCGCCGUGGACAAGGGCGUCCCCCCGCUGCGGGCGGCCGUGGCCGUGCACGUGGCCGUGCUGGACAUCAACGACAACGCCCCCGUGUUCGACCGCGACGUGCUGGUGGUCCGGGUGGAGGAGAACCGGCCCGUGGGGUCGGUGGUGGCGAGGAUCGGCGCCACCGACCCCGACGAGGGCACCAACGCGCAGAUCAUGUACCAGAUCGUGGAGGGCAACAGCCCCGAGUUCUUCACGCUGGACAUCUUCAACGGGGACCUGACGGCGCUGGUGGAGCUGGACUAUGAGAGCCGGCGGGAGUACGUGAUCGUGGUGCAGGCCACCUCGGCGCCGCUGGUCAGCCGGGCCACGGUGCACGUGCAGCUGGUGGACGUCAACGACAACGUGCCGGUGCUGCAGGACUUCGAGAUCAUCUUCAACAACUACAUCACCAACAAGUCCAACAGCUUCCCGUCGGGGGUGAUCGGGGCGGUCCCCGCGCGGGACCCCGACGUGGACGACGAGCUGAGGUUCAGGUUCGAGUCGGGGAACGAGCUGAACCUCCUGGAUCUGAACAACCGGACCGGGGAGCUGCGGCUCAGCAAGGACCUGGACAACGACCGGCCGCUGGAGGCCGCCAUGACCAUCUCCGUCUCAGACGGGCUCCACAAGGUGGUGGCCGUGUGCACGCUGCGCGUCGCCAUCAUCACCGACGACAUGUUGACCAACAGCAUCACCGUGCGCCUGGAGAACAUGUCCCAGGAGCGCUUCCUGUCCCGCCUCCUCACCCUCUUCCUGGAGGGCGUGGCCGCCGUGCUCUCCACCAAUCGGGACGCGGUGUUCGUGUUCAACAUCCAGAACGACACGGACGUGCACGGCUCCAUCCUCAACGUGACCUUCUCCGCCCUUCAGCCCGGCGGGGCCCCCGGCGGGGGGCGGUACUUCCCCUCUGAGGACCUACAGGAGCACAUCUACCUGAACCGCACGCUGCUGAGGCACAUCUCCUCCCAGCAGGUGCUGCCGUUCGACGACAACAUCUGCCUGCGGGAGCCGUGCGAGAACUACAUGAAGUGCGUGUCGGUGCUGAAGUUCGACAGCUCGCCGCCCUUCAUCUCGUCGGACACGGUGCUCUUCCGGCCCAUCCACCCCAUCAACGGCCUGCGCUGCCGCUGCCCCGCCGGCUUCACCGGGGACUACUGCGAGACGGAGAUCGACCUGUGCUACUCCUCGCCCUGCCGCAACAACGCCCGCUGCCACAGCCGCGAGGGGGGCUACACCUGCGAGUGCCCGGAAGACUUCACCGGUGACCACUGCGAGGUGAACGUGAACUCGGGCCGCUGCGUGCCGGGCGUGUGUAAGAACGGCGGGGAGUGCGCCAACCGACUGAUGGGCGGGGUCAUGUGCCACUGCCCGUCGGGGGAGUACGAGAAGCCCUACUGCGAGAUGACCACGCGCAGCUUCCCAGGCCAGUCCUUCAUCACCUUCAGGGGCCUCCGCCAAAGGUUCCACUUCACCGUCUCCUUCAGGUUUGCGACCAGAGAGAGGAAUGCUCUGCUGCUCUACAACGGAAGGUUCAACGAGAAGCACGACUUCAUCGCCGUGGAGAUCGUCAACGAGCAGAUCCAGCUCACCUUCUCUGGAGGAGAGACGAAGACCACGGUGUCUCCCUUCCUUCACGGUGGAGUCAGCGAUGGCCAAUGGCAUUCUGUCCAGCUCCAUUACUACAACAAGGAUGGGGGGAGUCUGCUGGACUCCACAGGGGCCCUGCGUCUCCCGCUCUAUAGCGCCUGGCUGGAGCUCUAUCAGAAGGAGCCCAACAUCGGCCGGCUGGGCAUCCCCCACGGCCCCUCGGGCGAGAAGGUGGCCGUGGUCGCCGUGGACGACUGCGACAUCGCCAUGGCGAUCCGCUUCGGCAACCAGAUCGGGAACUACUCGUGCGCCGCGCAGGGAACCCAGACGGGACAGAAGAAAUCUCUGGACCUGACCGGGCCACUGUUGCUAGGCGGAGUCCCAAACCUUCCUGAAGACUUCCCGGUCCUGAACCGAGACUUUGUGGGCUGCAUGGGGAACCUCACCGUCGACAGCAAGCCCACUGACAUGGCUAGCUUCAUCGCUAACAACGGCACCAACGCAGGCUGUCCGGCCAAGAAGAACUUCUGCUCGCGGGAAGUGUGUCAGAACGGAGGGGAGUGCGUGAACCUCUGGAACACCCAUGGGUGCACCUGCCCCACCGGAUACGGCGGGAAGAACUGCGAACAGGUGAUGCCGGCCCCCCAGUUCUACGACGGCGAGGCGCUGGUGUCCUGGAGCGAGCCGGACGUCACCAUCGCCGUGCCCUGGUACCUGGGCCUGAUGUUCCGCACCCGGCAGCCAGGGGGCACUCUGAUGCAGGCCAACGCCGGGCGCUCCUCCACCAUCAACCUCAUGGUGAGUGGCCAGCAGGUGCGUCUGGAGGUGUGGUUUCAGGACGAACUGGUGGCGUCGUUAGCCUUCGCGCAGGUGCGUGUCAGCGACGGCGAGUGGCACCACCUGCUGGUGGAGCUGAGCAGCUUCAAGGACGGCCAGGACAUCAAGUACAUGGCGUCGGUGUCGCUGGACUACGGCAUGUACCAGAGGUCGGUGGAGAUCGGUAACGAGCUGCCGGGGCUGAAGGUGAAGACUCUGUUCGUGGGCGGACUCCUGGGAGAGGGAAACCAUGUGACCCAGGGCUUCACCGGCUGCAUACAGGGUGUGCGUAUGGGCGAGACCUCCACCAACGUGCUGAACGUGAACAUGGCCCAGGGCCUGAAGAUCCGCGUGGAGGAGGGCUGCGACCUCGCCGACCCCUGCGACUCCAACAUCUGCCCCGAGAACAGCCACUGCAGCGACGACUGGAGCACUCACACCUGCGUCUGCGACCUCGGGUACUUUGGUAAGGAGUGUCUGGACCCCUGCCAGCUGAACCCCUGUGAGCACGUCUCCACCUGCGUCCGCAAGCCCAGCUCCUCUCACGGCUACACCUGCGAGUGUGGAACCAGCUACUACGGCCAGUACUGCCAGAACAAGGUGGAGAAGCCGUGCGCCCGGGGCUGGUGGGGGUCCCCCAUGUGCGGACCGUGUGACUGCGACACCACCAGGGGGUUCAACCCCAACUGCAACAAGACCACCGGAGAGUGCCGCUGCAAGGACAACUACUACCGCCCCGUGGACGAGGACUCCUGCUACCCGUGUGACUGCUUCCCCAUCGGCUCAGAGUCUCGAACCUGCGACCCCCGGACCGGGCAGUGCCCCUGUAAGGGCGGGGUCAUAGGUCGCCAGUGCAACCGCUGCGACAACCCCUUCGCCGAGGUCACGGCCGCGGGCUGCCAAGUGGUGUACGAGGGCUGUCCCAAGGCCUUCGACGCUGGCAUCUGGUGGCCCAAGACCCAGUUCGGACGUCCAGCCGCCAUCAACUGUCCCAAAGGCUCCAUCGGCACGGCGGUCCGUCACUGUAACGAUGAGAAGGGCUGGCUCCCCCCAGAGCUCUUCAACUGCACCACCACCUCCUUCUCCAGCCUCAAGAAAAUGAACGAGGAGCUGCGGCGCAACGAGUCGGUGAUGGACGGCGCCCGCUCCAAGGCCAUCGUCCGCCUGCUGCACGGCGCCACCAACAACACGCAGCGUUACUACGGCAACGACAUCAAGACGGGCAACGAGCUGCUGGUGCGCGUGCUGCAGUACGAGAGCCGGCAGGCCGGGUUCGACCUCACGGCCACGCGGGACGCCGACUUCAACGAGAACCUGGUGCGAGCGGGCAGUGCUCUGCUGGACCCCGGGACCAAGGAGCACUGGGAGCACUGGGAGCAGAUCCAGAGGGGCGAGGGGGGCGUCGCCCUGCUGCUGCACAGCUUCCAGGACUACGCCGGCACCCUGGCCCAGAACGUCCGCAAGACCUACCUGAAGCCCUUCACCAUCGUCACGGACAACAUGAUCCUGACGGUGGACUACCUCGAUACAUCCGACCCGGACCGGACCACCUUCCCCCGCUUCCAGGACAUCCAGGAGGCGUACUCCCCCGAGCUGGGCUCCUCCAUCAACUUCCCCGAGUUCAACCCCCACAGCCCGGAGCCGCCCGAAGAGCCAUUCCCUCCCUCGGACGCCCAGACCGAUGCCCCAGAGGGGGAGGAGCCUACCGCGGCCAAUAGGAAGCGACGCCACGCCGAACCCGCUGCCCACUUGCCGGUUGCCGUGGUGAUCGUGUACAAGUCCAUUGGACAGCUGCUACCAGAGCGCUACGACCCUGAUCGACGAAGCCUCAGGAUACCGAACCGGCCGGUCAUCAACUCGGCCAUCGUGAGCGCCACUCUGCACAGCGAGGGCCUGCCCCUGCCCCUCCCCCUGGAGCCGCCCGUCACUGUGAGGCUCCGCCUCCUGGAGACAGAGGAGAGGACCAAGCCCGUGUGUGUCUUCUGGAACCACUCCCUCCUGGAUGGGACCGGGGCCUGGUCGUCUAAAGGCUGUGAGAUGCUGGACAGGAAAACACACAUCAGCUGCCAGUGUAACCACAUGACCAGCUUCGCCUUGCUCAUGGACAUCUCAAAGAGAGAGCACGGGGAGGUGCUGCCCCUGAGGAUCGUGACCUACACCACGGUGUCGGUGUCCCUGCUCCUCCUCCUCCUCACCUUCCUCCUCCUCUGCCUGCUCCACCGGCUGCGCUCCAACCUCACCGCCAUCCACCGCAACCUGGUGGCGGCGCUCUUCUUCUCCCUGCUCGUCUUCCUCCUGGGCAUCAACCAGACGGACAACCCCUUUGUGUGCACGGUGAUAGCCAUCCUGCUGCACUACUUCUACAUGUGCACGUUCGCCUGGAUGUUCGUGGAGGGGCUGCACAUCUACCGCAUGCUGACCGAGGUCCGCAACAUCAACCACGGACACAUGCGCUUCUACUACGCCAUCGGCUGGGGCUUCCCCGCCAUCAUCACCGGGCUAGCCGUCGGUCUGGAUCCUCAGGGCUACGGGAACCCAGACUUCUGCUGGCUGUCGGUCCACGACACCCUCAUAUGGAGCUUUGCAGGACCCAUCUCCCUGGUCGUCCUGGUGAAUAUAGUGAUCUUUGUAUUUGCUGCCAAGGCGUCUUGCGGUCGCAGACAGAAGGCCAUGGAGAAGUCUGGAGCCAUCCCUGCUCUUCGGAUGGCCUUCCUGCUGCUGCUGCUCAUCAGCGCCACCUGGCUGCUGGGGCUGCUGGCCGUCAACAGCGACGUCAUGACCUUCCACUACAUGUUCGCCGUCUUCAGCUGUCUGCAGGGAGUGUUCAUCUUCUUCUUCUACGUGAUCUUCAACCGCGAGGUGAGGAAGAACCUGAAGAGCGUCUUCACCGGGAAGAAGAUGUCUGCUGACGAGACCUCCACCACCAAGGCCUCCCUGCUGACACGCUCCCUGAACUGCAGCAACACCUAUGGGGAGGGGGGAGUGUUCCGCUCGGGGCUGGGGGAGUCAAGCGUGUCUCUGGACAGCACUCUCAGGUCAGCCAAGAGCCGCGCCAGCUACCUGGCUCACGCACGCAGCAGGGAGGAGGUCAAGGCAGGAGUCUCCUCAGGUCUGGUGAAGGGACACACUGACCUGGAUGGACCCCUCUUCCACAGGAACCCCAACAAGGGCGACGACUCUGACUCGGACAGCGAGCUGUCGCUGGACGAGCACAGCUCCUCCUAUGCCUCGUCCCACUCCUCGGACAGCGAGGACGACGGGCACCAGGCCAAGCCCCAGUGGAACAACGAGAGGCAGCCCGUCCACAGCACCCCCAAGGGGGCAGUGGACGCGGUGGCCAAUCACGUGCGUCCUUACUGGCCUGUGGACGGCACCACGGCCAGCGACAGCGAGGAGCCCUGCGGCGCGGGGGAGCUGCGGGUGGAGACCCGGGUGAACGUGGAGCUGCACCCCGAGAACAAGCUGAACCACAGGGGGGAGGGGGGGAGGGAGAGGGAGAGCGAGGCGCCGUCGGAGCGGGAGAGAGAGGAGGCGCCGGCGGGCGUCCCGGGGAAGGACACGGCCCCCCCCGGACAGACCAACAGCAACCAGCAGCCGGAGCAGAGGAAGGGGAUCCUGAAGAACAAGAUCAGCUACCCUCCCCCUCUGAGCGACAAGAACAUGAAGAACCGGCUCCGCGAGAAGCUCAGUGACUACCACAGCCCCACCAUCCCCACGGCAACGCCCGCACCCCCCAACAACAACAACAACAAGCCCACGCCCUCCCCCGUCUCCCCCGUCACCCCCGUCGCCCCCACCGCCACCGCCCCCCCGGCCGUCCACGGCGUCGGUAACCGCGGCAACCACACCACGCCGCCGGUGAAGCCGCCGGUGGCCCCGCGGCCGCUGCUGGUCGCCGGGACGACCGCCAUCCACCGCGAGACCAACGGGGGCGUGGCCAUGCACGUGAAGGUCAACGGGGGGGGCGUCGACGAGUCGGACUCCGAGAAGACGCAGACCAGCCUGCCCCUCUGAGGCCAGGAGACGCAGAGAGGAGGAGGAGGAGGAUGAGGAGGAGAGACAGGAGGAGGCAGGAGAGACGCAUGGCUCAGAAGGAGGAGAGGAGGAGACCCAUACUUAAGAGGCCAUCAAACUGCCAAAGUCUCUUCAGUCCGUCUGCCCAUCCAGACCAACUCUCCUCCUCCUCCUCCUCCUCCUCCUCCUCCUCGCCCUCUCUCCUCCUCCUCUCCCACCGGUAUGGAGAGCAGUAUUACCUACAGACUAAAGGACUUGAUCUACUGAUGGACAUGUUUGAGCGGGAAGACUUGACGGAAGCAUAAAGGGAAUGUCGUGCGGGCCAACAAGUGGAGGGAGAGAGAGGACUCCUGUGCCAAAACCACUGAAGAAAACAUGCAGUUUGAGUUCCUACGGUGAAAAAGAGACUGGUGUUCAGUGUUUGUGUUCUUCCCUUUGGUGUUGUGCGCUUGCGAUGUCACAGAUCACACGUGACGGACCUGAACGUUGGAUGUUUCUGACCCAAUCUAAACUGAUUCUGCCUUUAAGACGGACGUACGGCCGCUUAGGGAGAGGACCAGUCAUGUUUGUAGUUCCGAAGGCCCCUAAAAGGACUACAACCCCCACAAGGAUCCCUCAGAUUCUGCCUUUAAGAUGUAUGCACGGCCGCUUGGAGCGAGCCAGUACUGCCAUGUUUGCAGUUCUGAAGGCCACUAAAAGGAGUAAAAACCCCACUAGGAUCGCUCAACAAGGAUCCCUCAGAUUCUGCCUCUAAGGCGGACGCUACGGCCACUGACAUAGAGGACCAGUACUUUCAAGUUUGUAGUUCCGAAGGCCACAAAAAGGACUACAACCCCCACAAGGAUCCCCGCAACCUAAAGAGGCUUGGACAUCAGAAUCCUGGCUAAUUGUAUCUGUAUAUAGGUGUUCAUCUCCGACGGACUGGGAGCUACGCGCAGACACCAGGUGGUCUGCGCUGCAUGGACUUCCUGACUUCCGUGCCUAGCUAAUGCUAGCUACAUGCUAAUGCUAGCUACAGGCUCGGCCCGAAACACUGUAUCAACCGAGCGCUCUUCCAUCCUCUUCCGUCCCCUUCCAACCACUGUGGGGCUAGCCUGCACGAGCUGCACUAAGGACAGGAGAGCUCCUGUCGGGGUGGGCGUGUCUGUUCACGCUGCAGGAAAGGGGAUUGGUUUAAAAGCAGGAAAUGUUUUUUUUUGGGAGAUUUACCAUGUUCUGUUUCAACAGACCAUGAGAGAUCAAACCUUUUUUUAUUUGAGUUUUAAACGCGUGCCUUUGAACCACGUGCCUGGGCUGAGACUUAAUGCACGCACACACACACGCACGCACGCAAGGACAUACACAUACACACACAAACACACAUACACAUACACACACACACACACAGACACGCAGGCACAUACGUGCACAGGUACAUGCACAUUUCUGAAAUUGACAGUAGCCGUAGACACACACACACACACACGCACAUGCACAACUACUACACUUAGAAUGUGCACAAACGUCAGUAUGGAUCUGUAUUCUGGAAUAAGGAAUUCUGGAGUCCCUAUAAAUAGGUGAAUAAGUGAAUCACAAAUGAAUCAAAUUGAAUGGAUAGUGGAGGUCAGUGUUGGUUGAUGGGGAGGUUAAUACAGGGAUUUGUUUUUUGCAUUCAUACACAUCACCCAAAUGCUGUGUUCCCAAUUCCCUCAGUAGAGAAUCAAUGUUUCCUUUUAUUUUUUCCUGAUGACAGCUUCCUGUUGUCGGAAGACCACUUCCUGGGCCAGAGUUAUUUGUAAAGUAGAAGUAAAUUCCAACCCUGUGAAUGUACUGCAUCUGUUUCAGGAGAACACUGUGUAGCGAUUACAAACCACAAGAUGCCUAUAGGACACAGAAACACGUGCAUACACUCAUUCACACGUGGAAACAAUCACACGUGCACAGCACACACUCACACACACACACACCCCCAGUGUUUUGCUUCCAUGUAAUCAAAAAUGCCGUCGAUUUAAGAAAUAAAUGUCCUUAUCUUUUUGUAUAAUCCAAAACACUGGAUACGUUUUUGUAACAUAAUGUAUAUUUAUUUUUUAUGGUUUUAAAACACUGGAAUAUAAAAAGAAAAAAAUGAUUGUGCCUGUAAAAUAAAAAGAUGACAUUGAAUUUUUAA